GGCAAUUUUAAAUUAUUUAACGAGAAUUAUUUAAAUAGAAUUUUCAAUCUUUAGUUUUUUUAAAAUACAAAAGUUUUUAUGGCUAUUUUUUCGGCGGAAUAUUUGCUUCCAUUUUCUGUUAAUUUGGCAGCCAAACGGCGGGAAGCAGACGCCAUUUUGAACGAGUUUAAGUCGUUGCGAAAGUCAACCUGGGAAAGAUGGAUAAUUCGAGCAUUAAAAACUUGGAACUGAGUUUCUUUUCGUUACUGAAUAACAUAUUUAAUGAAGAUACUGUACUGUCUACUCCCUGUUAUAUUGAUAAUUAUCAAUUGGCAGUGUAUGAAAAUUGCCCAUUUGUCAUCAAGGAGCAUGCAUUUUCUGUACCAGAGAAAUGUCUUGUUCUUCAACAAUUUACUAAACAAGAAAGAACUUUAUUGCAGCCAUUUUCACAUACUAAAUCCAAUGAGAGUACAGUUGUUAACUCGUAUUCAUGUAAUAAAAUUGUAGAGAGCACUGUUAAUAAUAAUGAAUCUGAAUGGACUGGAUGCCCAUUAGAGGCCAGUUUUAACUUAACUCUUAAUGAGAUGACAUUUGAAACAACAAAUACAGUAUUGUCUCCAAAAAAUAUAGCAAGAAAAGUAUUUUCUGCAGUUCCCAUUAAAAUAGCAAGAUUAUAUUUAUCCUUGUAUAAUAUUUACUUGAGUCAAAACACAAAUAAAGAGACUCUACCUCUUUGGAUACCCUGCAAUGGAAAUGAUCCCAAUUGCACAGUUUGGAUGGGUGUACAUUGUGUGGAUGGAAAGCAUAUUCGAAUUAUCUUAAAUUGUUUGGGCCCUUCAAAAAUAGACAAGUUGCCUCACUUGGAUAUCAUCAAACAAAAUAAUUUGAUGGGUUUCUCAAAUAUAAAUACUCAAAUGACAAUUGAAGCUUUUGCCAGUUAUGUUAUACCUGAUAUGCAAACAGUUUUUGAUGAAAGUAGCAUGACACAAAAUUUGGAAAAUUUGAAAGAAAGUUCUAUUAUUAUUCAGUGCAGCUGGACUAAUGUUAAUCAGAUUUUGGAACAACCAAACAGUAAUGCUAAAUGUAAUCUUCUUAUCAGUAUAACUUCUGGUGCUGGAAAAAAUUCUGCUUAUUUAAUUUCAAGUGAUCUGGAAUUAAUUAGAAACUUAAGUUUGGGUUUGGAAAGUGGUGAAGUAACUUGGCCUGCAAAAUCUGAUCAUGAUGUAUUAGCAGAAAUAAAAACGCUAAUGGAAAAUUUGAAGUACAGUAGCUUGAGAAAGAAAGUCGAAUGCAAUAUUAAUAUGACCAAUGAAUUUAAUGAUUUUCAAUUGGAUUCAACUAUGCUUGGAAUUCGACAGGAUCAGGAUUUUACAGAUGAAUUGUGGAAUGUCCUUAAAAGAUGUUGUUCUUAUCAAGAGCUGAAAAGCUGCUUAUUAAGUGUUAUUGAUGUGUUGAAAACAGGUGAAAUAAAACCAGUUGUCUUCAGAAAUAAUACAACAAAAAUUGCAAAAAUGACUGUUUUGAAACAUGACAAUAUUGAAUCCUACAUGUUAGAAGGACGAUCGCUUUUGAAUCUCUUGUUAGAAAUUGGAAUGGAGAAAUUAAGGCGAGACUUUAUGUAUAUAUUUGUUCAACAUGAAUUAGCCACACAGGAUCAAGUAGCUUCAUUUCUUAAACCAAAGAUGCCAUUAUCAAAAUCUAUUUUGGAAUUGGAAAAGUUGCAUUGUGUUUUAAAAUUAGUGUCAAUAUGUAAAAAUACUUUACAUUUUCCAAAGUCUCUGAUUAACACUUUUGUAAGGGAGGCUUUAAAUUACUAUCAAAAUAAAGAAGCUGCUGAUAUUGAACACACAUUCUCCUUCCCCAUAAUGUUUGUGAAUGCCAAGAAACUUAUUGAAAGUCUGAGACCAACUGAAUGGCAGAUAUCUUUGAAGACAAAUACAGAUUCUUACGUUUCUCAUAUGGUAUAUUUAUUCUGUGUUCGGCCCCCGAUCUGUUACGGCCACGUACAGAAGAUUUCGGAUGAUACUUACUACUGCAUCACCGGGCGUCUUGUUCAAGAUCAAGUCCUUAAACCGGAGUAAAAAUGCGUGUAUCAUCAAUUAUUUGCAGCUUUUUUUGUUAUCCAGUUGGAAGAUUAACCUUUUUUUAAAUACUGUC